UGGAACAAAGUACUCGCACAGCGGCCACGACCACCGUUCGGCCCCGUUUUUCUUGGGAACGAGCUACGCAAAACCCUACCCCCUUCUCCGCUAUUGGCUCGCGAUGGAGGCCAGCCGGCCGGCGCACGCGCGGCAUAUGGAGAGCAAUGCGGCACGCGCCGCCGCCGCCGCCGCCGGCGAGGGAGUCGGAGACCAUGACGACGACGGCGAGGAGGAGGAGGAGGAGGAGAAGUGGCGGGAGGCGCUCGCCGCCGCCUGGGGCCAGAGCAGGGCGAAGCGGGAGGCGAUCCGGGCGUGCUACGCCGCCGUCAAGGACAUGAUACGCGCGGAGAAGGACGGCGCCGACAUGCGCCGGCUCGGCGUCGCCAUGGGCGAGAUUAAGCAGCUUCACCACAAAGUGCAAAGGCCAAAGGAACAAGUCGCAGAUGGUGAAGCUCUGCUGGAGCUCGUCAAUUCCCUGGCCAUCACCGCCAAAUCCAAGAAGAAAGAUGGACCUACCCCUUCAGAGUUCGUCACAUCACUGCUGACGAAGUUUGGUGUCAGAGCUUCUCUCUUGGAUGCUUCCAUCGAGUCUUUCUCUUGUUCUGAUCUUGGCGCCAUGGCGUCUCCAUUGUUCAUGACAGCAACUGGGUGCCAAACAAUGAAUGGUGCUUUGAAUCUUGCCAUCGAGGAACGGAGGAAGCGUGUCGCUAGAAGACUAUUUGACCGGUUUCCUAGCAAACCUGCAGGGCUUUAUGAGACCACACCAGAUCUAGAUGAAAGGAAUGAUACUGACAAGAACAUGGCUGUCAUGUUCAAACUCUUGAGGAAGAACAAAUGUGUGAAGCUGGAAAAUCUCAUCCUAAACCGGCAAUCUUUCGCACAGACUGUCGAGAACAUAUUUGCUCUCUCGUUUCUUGUCAAGGAUGGAAGAGUGGAGAUAGAUGUUGAUGAUAAGGGAAACCAUUUUGUCGUGCCACGGAAUGCUCCGGCAGCUGAACUGAUAACCUCAAGGGAAGUGAUCAACAGCCAAUAUGUAUUCCGAUUUGAUACCAAGGAUUGGAAGAUAAUGGAAGGCGUUGUGGAGCCUGGAGAUGAGCUAAUGCCUCAUAGACAAAACAACAUUGGAGAACACUACAAUAAUGCAAAAUCAUAUUCAGCUUCAGAACCACAGAGAAAACGAGAUGAAUUUGCUCAGGGAGAGGGAAUGGAUGAGACACUCAUCAAGCCUUGCGCUGAAGAUGUCAUCCUGAAGAGGAAGAGGAGAUCAGAAGCAGAGAGCUUGAAACAUUGGUUUUCUUCAUGCAAAUGGCAAUGAUCAUGUAUAAUUUUAGGGUUAGUUCACUGGUAGCAAAGCAGAUUAAGCACGCUUUUGGCAUCUCUGCAAGAAAUUGUUUAAAAAAUACUAAAACACAAGUAGGCAUUAACAGCUUCUGUUUCUUCUAUUAUUAGGACUUAGAAGUUUAAUUUGACAAUGUUGGAACUUUCAAGAUCCUUUCUGCAAA